AUGUGGUCUGUGCUGGUACGGGAAACUCGCGAUGGUCGUUCAGAGCACGCGGGUCCCUCGUAUCAGGCGGAGGCCUUUUGGGCGUUGGCCAGUUUCGCCGAGAUCUGUGGCCGUGACGCCACUGGCUUGAUAGAAACGAAGGAGAAUGACGACCGUCUGACGCGUCUACUGCGUCUCAUAUUGCCCAACGGCAUUCCUGACCCCAAUGAACAACAAAUCUCGUCGAAGAAAGGCAAGCAGACGCAAUUUCAAAUCUCACAGGAGUUGUCUGAGUCCGAGCAGGAAUUGGCCAUCAAAACUGUGGGUGUAAUGUGGCCCCUGCAAACCAAACAACCACAUGUUGAUCGUUUUGUCGACACAUUGCAUCACCUAAUCUUCCUCAUUAGCCAGGGUGGCUGGCGUAUCCAAUCUGCCGCUUUGGGAAGCAUACUUGCACUGUUUGCUAAACUAAGGACAGAGCAAGGUGAGGAACUAGUCAAAAAAGCCUCGGAAGGUGGUGGUAACCCUCUUGAAAAACUUGGUCUAAAGGAACUCAUGAUUCGCUUAAAGCGUUGCGCUGAAAAUACAAAGUCAUCAGUCCUGCGGGAGCAUGCCCUCGGAGCCAUCGCAAGCAUGUUACGGCAUCGAUCAUUCGUGACCUUGAUCCACGGUCAGUUGGAGGAGUUGGUGCAGUCCUAUGUAAAUUGCGGUACCUCUACCAUGCGCGAUUGGGCUUGUGCCUUGAUGAAGAGUUUAUAG